UGUAUUUUAUUUUACAAUACUUUUUUUUGGCACACGUGACCUUCCACAGCGUGGUCCUCUCUUCCUGCGCCCCGUUUUCUCCCACAGCGUGAGACCUCCUGCUCGCCGCUCCUGUCUCUGCAGCUGUAGUGUCUUCAGUUCCUGGACACCUCACAUAUUACACGAAGUAUUUUUCUCCUCCCGAUGAUCCCGGUGGGUCCUCCGGUUGUUCCUCCGCAGCCUCCUCUCUCCUCCAGCCCAGUAUUUGUCGGACCGCCCCGGCGCUUUAGGCCGCGCAGUACGUCGGAGAACGGGAGCUCCGGUGGGGUCUAAACUGAGAGCGGGGCUAGCUGGUGGGCUAGCGGAGUGUUAGCCGAGCAGGCAGCGGUGUAAGGGCUCGGUUCGCAGGACAGCAUAGGGAGCGCAGCAUGGCCGUGGGGAACCUCAGCAAGACGGGAGAGGAGAAGACAGCGACCCGCGGUCAGAGUGAAGGUGAAGGUGAUGCUGCCUUCCUCCUUGGCUGUUUCCCAUGGCCAUCUAAUGGACCGCAUUGGACCCUUUGACAGGCCGGUCCUGGCCCCCAUGCUGCAUGUUUGACACCCCUACAGUACAGUGUUAAAGUUGCUUUCAGAUGGAAGUAAAAGAUAAGAAAGCUGCUCCUGAGAAUCAAUUAACAGACGGUUGAAGUACAUCAGCCUGGCUGUGCUCGUGGUCCAGAAUGCAUCGCUCAUCCUCAGCAUCCGGUACGUCCGCACGUUGCCAGGCGACCGCUUCUUCACCACGUCGGCCGUGGUGAUGGCGGAGGUCCUGAAGGUCCUGACGUGUCUGGUCAUCAUCCUACUGCAGAAGAGACUAAACGUGAAGGAGAUGGUGUACUUCCUGAUCGACGUCAUCGUGGUUCAGUACAAAGACACUCUGAAGCUCGCCGUUCCUUCUCUCAUCUACACUCUGCAGAACAACCUGCAGUACGUGGCCAUCUCCAACCUGCCGGCCGCCACCUUCCAGGUGACCUACCAGCUGAAGAUCCUCACCACGGCUCUGUUCAGCGUGCUCAUGCUCAGGAAGUCUCUGUCCAGAGUUCAGUGGAUUUCUCUGCUGCUGCUGUUUGCCGGAGUCGCCAUCGUGCAGGUGCAGCAGGAGGGCAACAAAGAGGCGUCGGUGAAGGACACCUCCACUCAGAACUACACCGUGGGCUUGGUUGCCGUGGUGAUCAGCUGCUUGUCGUCGGGAUUUGCCGGCGUAUACUUUGAGAAGAUCCUGAAAGGCAGCUCCGCCUCUGUGUGGGUGAGGAACGUGCAGCUGGGAAUCUUCGGCACGGCGCUCGGCCUGCUGGGACUCUGGUGGAAUGAUGGCGCCGCCAUUGCCGAGCGUGGCUUCCUGUUUGGGUACACCAGCAUGGUGUGGUGCGUCAUCUUCAACCAGGCGUUCGGCGGGCUGCUGGUGGCCGUGGUGGUGAAGUACGCCGAUAACAUCCUCAAGGGCUUCGCCACCUCCUUCUCCAUCAUCGUCUCCACGGUGACGUCCAUCUACCUGUUCGGCUUCCACGUGGACGUACUCUUCACUGCAGGGGCGGGGCUUGUCAUUGGCGCAGUCUACAUGUACAGCCUCCCCAAAGCGCCCGCCGGCUCGGCGUCCGCGAGCUCCUCCUCCUCCUCGUCUUCCACGUCCGAGAAGACGGACAGAGACGCCGAGAUGGAGGCGUUUCUGCCAAAAGCUCAGGGAGGCGUGUCUCCUCCCUCUGCUGUCCACAUCACAACCUAACUGCUCAAAGCACAACGGCAGCAAGAGGAAGAGAAGGAGGAGGAUGAGGAAGGAGCCACAGAGUGUCAGAAACCCUCACCACCCUCAGUCUGUUUUCUCCUCCGCGGCGUCUCGCCAGCUCUGCCUUAAAACUCUUUAGUAAAUGAAAAGAGAAUCGCCUUACGCUGAAUAUCGAUCAUAUGUUGAUUACUGUUGUUGCUGGUGGAGGACAACGGCAACCGUAGUCUGAUGGAAAGUUUUCACUGUGCAGCCCCCAUACAUUUAAAGUGUCCUGUUUAAAUUCCACCUUAAAACAGGAAAAAGGGACGGUUUCUAUGGGAGCCCGAAGUGUUCAAGCAAAAAUGUAACUUUGAAUAAGUAAUUUACAUGUUUGUAUACAAAAUUUACACAGAAGUAAAGUAGCUUGAAGUGAUGUAAGAACUUUUCAAAUUCAAUACACAUUUUUAACCUAAAGGAAGUUCAGUGAAAAUCACAACAAUUUAAAAUAAAAACGCAGCAUUUGUGAAUGAAAGUCACAUAAAUAGAAGCAGAAUUGGAAAGUGACAUUUAGAAAGAGAAAGUGAUAAAAGUGUCAUUAUGAAAUGCAAGGAAGACAAAACCACAACAUUUAAUUAAAUUCAAUCAAAAGGUACAUUAAAAAUUCAACAUUUUGAAACUUGAAAGUUAUUUAGUCUUAUUUUAUUUUUCUGCUAUAAUCAGAAAUGAACUAAAGUCAUUUAUCUGGGCUAUAAUGAGCUGUUAGCUCAUUUGUAAUCGUGUUCACAGCAGCUGGUAUGUUGACUAAAAAAGUAAAAAUAUGUAAAUAUGUCGAGAAAUCAUAGUAAUGAAGACUAAAACCAUAAAUAACUCUUUGCUUUUGUUAAAACCUGCUUCCUUUUUUGUCUUUAAUUCUGAAGUUCUCUCAGAAGUCUGCUUCCUGUUUGCCCUCGUUGUUGCCCGUUUACUUUUCUCGGCUGCACGGUGAAAACCUCCGGGGUAAAGCGUUGCUCCUCCGGGUGCGUCUCCGCUGAGGGACUGUUUGUGUUGGUGCCUUUUCUCCUCAUCUGUACAGAAGCCAUACGACUGUGUUGGUGUAAAGUUUGCGGUGUACAGUUACGGGACUGUCCGGGAGGCUUUGCUUUAUCUGCAGCUCCCGUGUCAGCGGGAGCGGGGAAUGUGCUCGUUGAUUGGAGCACCUUUAAACUACGAUCAUAACGUGAUGUUUGUUUGUUUUUGCCAAAAUGUCCUGCCGCAGGCGUCUUGUUGAAGAAGGCGUCCUGCGGUGGCGUCCUGAAUGUUUUUUCUGCUCCUGUUUGUCUCGAUCAUGUCGAGGCGGUUGUGGAUUUUUAUUUUUGUGUGUGUGUCUGAGCUGCUUCUGUGUUUACGUCGUUCAGCUUUGGGAGGAGAGGUUGAGUCGUUUUGGUCUCCUGAUCUCUGCAGCAGGUUAAGAUUCUGUGAUUACAGCAAGUUUUGUUUUUCCUCACAUCCACCACCGUCGCCGUGUAGCAGUUUGCCUCUGUUGUUGUUCAUUUAAAUCCUGCCAGCACUUGACGUAACCCCGUCUCUUCACGCUGGCCCGUUUGAGCCCCCGAUUGGACUGAUUGGUCCGUUAACACUCUCCGUUAUCAGCCAUUUACAUUAGCCAUCAAAGCAUCUGUGUGGAUGGUUUAAAGUUGGAGAAAAGAAAAAGCUCUAAAUUAAGAAGGAGCUGGAAGGAAAGCUAGCUGUGUGCGGAUAAAAUGCUCCAUCUUUAAAGUUUUUAUACAGGCACAGCAUUUACUGAACUACAUUUCAUUUAAAGCAGUUUACAGGUUAUUAUUGAAAAUAUAAAUCUACUAAUAAAUUCUACUAAAAUCUUGUCGAUUAAGCAGCUUAGCGUAAGUUUCCGUGUGAAGUGAGAUGGUCUGCACUUCAGACUCUUGUCACCACAGCACUGGAACUGCAGCUUGUGACAAACCAAACUGCAAGAACUGUUACUGAUGCUUAUAUGAAGCACUAUUCAUUAUAACUGUGUCAGGCUUCACAAUACACUAUACAUAUAUGCAGUGGGAUCUGGUUAUGGAUGGAGAUGAUUGAAGGUUGCUGCUCUCACGAGUCGGCAGCGGAGUCAUGUUAACACCACCCACCACCAGUUUGGGCUGCAGCAGCGCCCCAUCGCUCUCUCUGUGCAGCAGGAAGUGGAUAAAAAGGGGAAAGGGAGACGGAUGCUAGCAGGCGUGGUUCUGUCACGGUCGGCUGUGUCGGAGUAAACACGUAUAACCAAAUAAAACGUGUGACAGGCCUGUGGAUGCUAACCUGCCUGAAGGGAAGGUGCACUCUGCACAUUAAUCUGGCUUCGUGCCUGUGGUGUUAAAGUGCCACACAUUAAGUGCGUCUUAGAUUUGUUGUGCGUUCCUCGCAGCAGCUCUGCAGAUCUGUAAAAGCUUCUUAUUUAAAAAGGUUUUUUCCCCAGUAGAAUAUUUUUCUUGAAAAUGUUGCCAGUUUAAACUAAAGAAGUAGUUACAGUUCUCCUCACUUACAGUUAAACAUAAACCACUGAUGUGUAAUGAUGACAAACUCUCAAAUACAAGUUCACUAACCAAACCUCUGAUAGAUGUUUUUAUUGUGUCAGAAAAAAAACCUAAAUUAAACCUAAAGUGGGAUAAAUGUAGCUCAGAGUUUAACAUUUAGUUUUAGUCUGUGAAUAUUAGGAGCUCGAUCAUUUCAUGAGUUUGUGUAAAAACGGGCCCAGUGAUCAUGAAACUGACCUGAGGACGGAGAAACGCGGAGACACAAACACGAAGCCACAUCUCCCAAAGCAUAAAAAUGAACUUUAAUUAUUUUUCCGAUUUCUUAUCAUAAUGAUUGAAGGCUCUUUUUCUGUUUUCAGUGUGAGAUUAUCAAAAUCAAACUGUGAAGGGACAAAAAAAAUGUUACGUUUAUUUUCAGUUUUUGUAAAACAAGAAAACAAAAAACCUCCAGCUGACACUUUCUCUCUGGAAGUCUGAAAUGAAUAUCUAUCAUAAAUAAUAAUAUAUAAGCUGUUUUUAUUUAAUGUGGGAAUCUUUGGGGUGGUGGUGAAUGAAAGGAAGAGGAAACCCAGCAGGAAGCUUCAGAUUUCAGCCAGAAGAAGCUUUUUGUUCUAAACUCUUCUUAUGGUAAUGACAUAAAUUUCUAGUGAAAAUGAGUCCUUUGAGUUCUGUGCGGCUAAUAAAGGAUCAUUUCUGCACUUAUUAAACGUUAUGUAGAUGAUCAUUUUAAUCUCAAUCUGACAUUAAAAUGUCUUUAUGUAGACAUAUCAGCUGAUUUAUAUCAGAGGAAUUAUGAUGGGAUCUUUAUUUUUCAUUAAACAUCACAUCAUAAACUUUACAUCUUUUUUUUCAUCAAAGUUUUCUUGUGAAAAUAUAAAAUUGAAUCCCAAUUUUCUCUCUUGCAGUGGCUUUUUCCACCUUUUUAGAAUAACAAGACAACGUUGAUUCUUCUUUAUUCACUCGAGGUAGAAACGAUGAUAAACAUCUACUUCUGCUCUGUAAAAUAAUCCUGUCACAACUUACAGAUUCAUAGAAAAAUAACUUGUCGUUUGUUCCUCUUUACGUUUACUUUACCUUAUUUUUCCCUACAUUAAAAACUAAAAUUUUGCAAAUUAUAUAAAAUAAAUUUUAUAUAGAAAAUGAUAUUGACACAGGCUGAUAUCACUUUAUUUAAUUGCAUGAAUCCGUAUUUAUUUUAUUUAGUUUGAUUUUUUUCGUUAAGCACACGCUGAAAUGCUUUUCUCUCCGCUGACGCUCUGCAGCGCCUCCUGCUGGCAGUUUAAAACCACAUCCUCGGAUCAGAUCCUGCUGCGGUUGUUUUCCGAGGUUUGUUUGUCCUCGGUGGAGAUCUGCCUACAGGAUCUGGUUUAGUUUCCUCUUCCUGUUGGUUUGAGUUUGUGUGAAAUCUGUGUGAGCGGGUUUCUUCUCUGAUCUGUUUGCACUUGAUUGUUGAUUUGUAUCAAUGCCUCUGAAUUUGUAAAUACUUCCUUUGGUAAAAGUUUUAUAUAAAUGAAGACAUGGACUAAAAACUGUGCGGUUUGUCUUAAUUUAAAGAUCGGUGAUAGUGAACGACACACAGUGUCUGCUCUCAGGUUAGAGAGAGACGAUUUCUGAGAGUAUUCGGAGAACUUGGGGAAAAAAUCUGGGAAUUUAGAAGAUACAAUUGUGGAGGGAAAAAAAAGUCUGGACUUCACAAGUCUUUAAUCCUCUGUGGGAGUCGGCAGGUAAGGUGUGAUAUUCCAGCCUUUUUCUCCAAAUAUGGAGACUUUAUUCUUCUUUCUCCCAGUUUUUUUCCCAACAGUGCUCCCGAUACUCCAGUUAGGAGAACAAUUAGUGUUCGGUCUUCUGGAAAUCCUCCUCUGUAUAAAAUAACC